AUGGCAAGUUCAUAUCUAUCUAUCUAUCUAUCUAUCUAUCUAUCUAUCUAUCUAUCUAAAUCUAUCUCAAAUUUUUCUUACCUGUCUAUCUUUGUAUCUCUCUAUCUAUCACUCUCUGUUCAUUAUCUAUCUAUCUGUCUAUCUAUCUAUCUAUCUAUCUAUCUCAAUAUGUUCACAUCUAUUUCAGUUUUUGUUCAUAUUUAUGUAUCUCAGUCUCUUCAUAUCUAUCUAUCUAUCUAUCUAUCUAUCUAUCUAUCUAUCUAUCUAUCUAUCUAUCUAUAUAUAUAUAUAUUAGUCUCUUCAUAUCUAUCUUUCUAUCUCUCGAUCUCAUUCUAUUCAUAUCUAUCUAUCUAUCUAUCUAUCUAUCUAUCUAUCUAUCUAUCUAUCUAUCUAAAUCUAUCUAUCUAUCUAUCUAUCUAUCUAUCUAUCUAUCUAUCUAUCUAUCUAUCUCAUUCUGUUCAUAUCUAUCUUUCUAUCUCUCGAUCUCAUUCUGUUUUUAUCUAUCUAUCUAUCUAUCUAUCUAUCUAUCUAUCUAUCUAUCUAUCUAUCUAUCUAUCUAUCUCAAUAUGUUCACAUCUAUUUCAGUUUUUGUUCAUAUUUAUGUAUCUCCGUCUCUUCAUAUCUAUCUAUCUAUCUAUCUAUCUCAGUCUCUUCAUAUUUAUCUUUCUAUAUCUCGAUCUCAUUCAUAUCUAUCUAUCUGCCGCAUCCCUCUGUUUGUCAACCGGAAGUUGA